CAAAGAAAUAAAGUACAUAAAGUCAAUGGCAUAUAAUGACCGUGCCAAUCUAUUGGAAUCCAAUUGCAGACAUGUUGGCGCGACUGAUUCUCGUAUUUACUCUGUAUAACAGUGUUAUAUGCCAAUUUGGUAUACCAAUGUCAUCGUGUGACCAACUCUUUCUCCCACCACUGCCAGUCAUGCAGCCACCGUUAUGCGAUUUGGCAUAUACAGAAUUAGCCAUGCCAGUCGGUCUGGCGAGCCCGUUUUUGCCAGCGGCGUCGCCUGUUUCCGCUUUGGCACCGACGUUAUCUCCGUUAUUGCCAGCAGCGUGCCCUUGUAACUGCAGAAGUCACUAUUUGAAGAAAAUUCCAAUACUACCUCCUUGUAUUUAAGUGAAUAAAAUAGUUGUUUUUUUUU